CGCCGCUGCCCCCAAAUCGACCCCCAAAUCCUUCGUGCCCUCCACCACCACCGCCGCCGUCCCCCACCAUCCCACCGCCGCCGAACGCCCUCCAACCGGAGCACUUGCGCCGUCGCCCCAAACCACGCCAGAGCGGCGGCGCCAAGCACCGAAUUGACCGCAGCCGCCAACCACUCCAGAUCCAAGCCGGCGGCCGCCCUCCACCCAGACCACUGCCGUCCCCCUUCCCAACCACUCCAGAGCGGCGCCACCGAGCCGCCACUCCAGACCACAAGCGGCGACCACCCUCCUCCGCCGAAUGUCUUCCCUCACCACCACCCAUCUCGCGAGCUUCCUCCCCGACCAGGCCUCCUCCCCACAAGCUUCACCAGAGAACCUAGCGGGGACCCCUCCUCUACGUCCUCUACCCCAGGCAGCGGAGCGUCGACCCUCCUCGCGAGCAGCUCUGCCUUUCCCUGGACAGCGCUGCCUUCUCUACUUCCUUGCUCCAACCACGAGAAUUUGACAGGUUUCCCAAAGAUACACUACUUGAUGGAGAUUUGGAUGAUCUACAAGCUGCUGAAGGUUUGCAAGAUCUACUAUUAAGUUGGUGGAGUGAUAAUGUAAUGCGCCUUGUUUGGUGAACCUGGAGACAUUGGCAAGUUCUGCUCAUUUUGGUGGUUGUUUUGGCACAUAGGCCACUAUAUGGCCAUUUUGGUUGCGUGACACAUUUAGAAACAUAUAUACUUCUCCCUUUGUGGAACUACUUCAUUUUGGUUGUGUGGCACGUGUAUCUAGAAACAUUUAUGUACUCUUUUUGUGGCACAAUCUGCUUAUAUACAUUCUUAUGUUAAUGGAAUGAAGUUUAAGGUUUCCGAUGA